AAAGCUGAAAUAUGUAGUAAUAUACACAAUUUUCAAACAAAUGUGUAUUUAUAUCUUUAAUACUAUGUAAAAUUUAUAAACACGUAAAUAAUAAGUAAGACGUAUUCUUACUCAUAUGAUUGUUGAUUUGUUCUCCAGAUAAAAUUUUGUGCAACUUGGCUAAGAAAUAUUGUCAUACACAAUGGCUGAUUUGGAGGCUGUGUUGGCUGAUGUUAGUUAUUUAAUGGCUAUGGAGAAAUCAAAAUGUACUCCUGCGGCGAGAGCUAGUAAAAAAUUAUUUUUACCUGAUCCCAGCGUGCGUAGCGUGAUGCAAAAGUAUUUAGAAAAGGAGAAUGAACUAACAUUUCACAAAAUAUUCAAUCAAGUACUAGGAUAUAUAUUAUUUAAAGAUUUUUGUGAAAACGAUUCGGAAGAACCUAUACAGCAACUAAAAUUUUAUGAACAGAUCAAAAAAUUCGAAAAAACAGAGUGUUAUGAUGAAAGAAAAAUAUUAGCUCGAGAAAUAUAUGACAAUUUUAUAAUGGAGGAAAUGCUCUCACAUACUUAUGAGUAUUCAAAGGAGGCAGUUGCUAGCGUUCAAAAAUAUUUACUCAAAAAUGAAGUUCCUUUGAAUUUAUUUGAGCCUUACAUAGAGGAGAUUUUUAAUCACUUGAAAGGCAGGCCAUUUAAAAAAUUUUUGGAAAGUGACAAAUUUACCAGAUUUUGUCAGUGGAAAAAUUUAGAGCUCAACAUUCAAUUAACGAUGAACGACUUUAGUGUACAUAGAAUAAUUGGACGUGGUGGUUUUGGAGAAGUUUAUGGAUGCAGAAAAGCUGAUACCGGUAAAAUGUAUGCAAUGAAAUGUUUAGAUAAAAAACGUAUUAAAAUGAAACAGGGCGAAACAUUAGCUCUAAACGAACGAACUAUGUUACAGAUAGUUAGUACAGGGAUGGAUUGCCCAUUUAUUGUUUGUAUGACAUAUGCAUUUCACACCCCCGACAAAUUAUGUUUCAUCUUAGAUCUAAUGAAUGGUGGAGAUUUGCAUUAUCAUCUAUCACAACAUGGAGUUUUUAAUGAAGAUGAAAUGAAAUUUUAUGCUGCAGAAGUUAUCUUAGGCUUAGAACAUAUGCACAAACGUUUUAUAGUUUAUAGAGAUUUAAAGCCAGCAAAUAUUUUGCUAGAUGAGAAUGGUCAUGUACGCAUCUCUGAUUUAGGUCUAGCGUGCGAUUUCUCGCGAAAAAAACCGCACGCUUCUGUUGGAACUCAUGGAUAUAUGGCUCCAGAAGUUCUCUCCAAAGGAACACCAUACGAUUCUUGCGCUGACUGGUUUAGCUUUGGUUGUAUGCUAUAUAAAUUACUCAAAGGUCAUUCGCCGUUUAGGCAACACAAAACUAAAGAUAAACACGAAAUUGAUAGAAUGACUUUGACAAUGAAUGUUGAAUUACCAGAUUCAUUUACUCCUGAACUCAAGAAUCUUUUAGAUUUGUUAUUACAACGAGAUAUUGUAAAACGUCUCGGUUGUAUGGGAAACGGUGCUGAUGAAGUAAAAAUGCAUCCAUUCUUUUCUGGUAUAGACUGGAAUCAAGUUUAUAUGCAAAAAUAUACACCGCCAUUAAUACCACCUAGAGGAGAAGUAAAUGCCGCCGAUGCGUUCGAUAUUGGCUCUUUCGACGAAGAAGAUACAAAGGGAAUUAAACUAACAGAAAGCGAUCAAGAACUUUAUAAAUUUUUCCCAUUAACAAUAUCUGAAAGGUGGCAACAGGAAGUAUCCGAAACAGUAUUUGAAACAGUUAAUAUAGAAACCGAUAAAAUUGAACAGAAGAAAAGAGCUAAGCAAAAGCAGCAUUUUGAUGCCGACGAAAAGGAGUCCGAUUGCAUUUUACAUGGUUAUAUAAAGAAAUUGGUGGGAUCUUUUGCAUCGUUAUGGCAAACGAAAUAUGCUAAAUUAUAUCCGAAUCGUCUAGAAUUGCAUUCUGAGAGUGGAAACAAUAAGCCUGAAUUGAUUUUUAUGGAUCAAGUUGAGGAUAUUUCUUCAGAUUUUAUUGUUUAUAAAGGAGAGCAAUGUAUUCAAAUACGUAUCAAUGACGGUACGCGUGAUGGUAGAAUUAUUUUAACGAACUCUGAUGAAAUUGGUUUAAAGGAAUGGGCCUCUUCUUUAAAAUCAGCUCAUAAAGUUUCACAGGAACUUUUAGGUUCAAUGGCCAAAAAAGCUGGUAAAAUUUAUGGAAGUGAACGAGAUGCUAACAAGUCGAUGUACAUAAUAAACACUAAUAAUACUAUAUCAAAAAACGUAAAUGGAUCCAACUAAUAAAUUUUACACAAAUAUAAGUAAAUAAUUUUAAGUUAAACUAACUUAUUCGAAAUAAAUAUUAUU